UGACAAAAUGGAACCCCCAGCAGCAGUGUGAGGAGACCUGAAAGUGGCACAUGGCAGAGUGUGGCGAUGGAGACAGCAGCAAUGGGAGGCGGUACAGGGACCCAUGAGACACUGUGGACCUGGCAGCAGCAUGAGAGGAGGCGGUACAGGGGCCCAUGGCAGAUUAGGGGCCUGGCAGCAGCAAUGGGAGGCCCGUAAUCUGCCAGCAUCCUAUGACAAAAUGGAACCCAGCAGCAGUGUGAGGAGACCUGAAAGUGGCACAUGGCAGAGUGUGGCGAUGGAGACAGCAGCAAUGGGAGGCCGUACAGGGACCCAUGAGACACUGUGGACCUGGCAGCAGCAU